UUUCGUGGAUUGCCCAGACGCGACACUGGCGUUCAAACGUCAACUGUUCGUUCAAUUGUCAAUUGGGGAACGUCGGAGUCAGGCUUGGUCGAUUCUGUGUUCUUUACAUACGCUUCUUCGGAAAAUUGAUUGAUUCGUAAAAUGUCUUCAAAACGUAAUUGCCCAUUCGAGGGCGAUCUUACCCCACAAAUGAAGGUUCAUGUUGGAUUAACAGAGGCGGCAGACAUUGUUGAGAGGAAUGAAGAAAUGAAGAGGAUCUAUGAACGUACUCUGCACCUUUUGAGGAAUGGAUCGCAAAAAUCGAUUGGAAAAGCUGAUGAUGUCCAGAAUCGUGCUAAAGGCACUGGAUAUCACUUUGAACCCCCGCGUUUGAAGCAGAUGGUUAUGAAUGAUAAAUUGCAGCUUGAACACAGUAAAAAAAUUAUUUUGCCGCAAGCACAACAAACAUGCACCAAUUGUGGGGCAUUGAGAGUCUUUGAAUUAAAUCGCUGCUUCCAUUGUAUUGAAUUUUACUGUCCCCACUGCCUAAGUGAGUGUACAAAAUGUCUGGAACAAUUUUGUUCAACAUGCCGCUUUACAAUAUAUGAAGGCGACGAACACGUUGAAUGCCUGAAUUGCUAUCACUAAUGAAUAUUUCCAUGGUACUAGUGUUGGUCGGUCGGCACACCUCGCCCCGAGAUGGGUUGCUAUUAGGAAUAAGUUAAUCGAACUGGUACGAAUGAGAAUGAGAAAUUAUGAUCAAAAAAUAGUAUUUUUAUAUGCCUGAAAGAUGGAUAUGUGCAUGCUUUACUAAUGAGAUAAUUUUCAUAUUUAAUAAAAUUUCUAUCCAUGACUA